AUGGCUAAAACAGAUCAGUUGAAGAAAUUACCAUUUGAAGGCAAGGUAGCUGUGUUGGCAGGUGCUACUGAUGGAAUUGGCUAUGCCAUUGCUGAUCGUCUUGCACAUGAUGGUGCCAAAGUAAUGAUUAGUAGUCGUAAACAGGUCAAUGUUGAUAAGGCUGUAGAGUCACUCCAAAAACAGCAUGGAACUGAGUCUGUUUCAGGCAUUAUUUGUCAUGUGGGCAAAGAUGAGGACAGAAAGAGAUUAAUAAAAGAGUCGAUUAAACAAUUUGGUCGAAUUGAUAUUCUUGUUGAUAAUGCUGGAGUCAACCCAAGUUAUGGAAAAUGUCUUAAAACAACUGAGGAACAAUGGGCAAGGUCAAUAUUUGAAAUCAAUGUAUCAGCUGCUGCUCUACUAGUUCAAGAAGCUUAUCCAUAUCUUAAGAAAAAUGGAUAUGGGAAAAUGAAAACUGCUUUGAAGCAAAUACUGGAUAGCGUGUGGAUAAAAGUUAGUGGUCUUCCAAUCUUGAGAUGA